UACAACAGAGCAAAGGGUAGACAUGGCUCAAAACAGUUUGCUAUGGAGUCGAAGUAUGUUUAAAUACAUUCAUCGUGCUAAGUCUCCGUUACCCUGCAUUUUGUUUACGUUAGCAAUGCAAUGGGUGACACUUUAUUGGUUUACAGCGUGGUGAUUGUGAAAGUGUCUGGAUUUGACUUUUUAUCCGAGAGAAUGGGAGAAUCUUUAAACACCACCGGAAUCCCUUUCAACCAAUCUGACAUAGACCUGGACCGGUUCAGCAGUCUGGAGGAUAUUGAUGCGACGGCCGACAGUAGUCCCGUUUUGAGGAUCAUGAUCACCAUUGUCUACUCUGUCGUGUGCGCGGUGGGGUUAGUGGGGAAUUUAUUGGUAUUUUUCCUGAUGAAGGUUCGGCAAGGAAGGAAAAGGUCAACAAUCAAUUUCUUCAUUCUCAACCUGGCAGUGACAGACUUUCAGUUUGUUUUAACUUUACCCUUUUGGGCUGUGGAUACCGUCCUGGACUUCAGCUGGCCAUUUGGGAACGCUAUGUGUAAGAUUAUUCUGUCUGUGACUGUCAUGAACAUGUAUGCCAGUGUGUUCUUUCUCACGGCCAUGAGUGUGACGAGGUAUUGGUCAGUUGCCUCGGCACUAAAAGACAGCACGCGGCACAAAACCUGUUCCGUGAAGUGGGUGAGCGCGCUUCUCUGGAUGUCCGCCACUGUAGCUACGGCACCAACCGUUUUCUUCUCCACCGUUACAAAUAUCGCCGGGGAAAAGCUAUGUCUUCUCAAAUUUCCCGAGGGGUAUCGCUGGCUUGCUCUGUAUCAUCUUCAGAAAAUCCUCGUAGCCUUUGUUUUUCCCAUGCUGAUAGUUUCUAUUUGCUAUAUACUACUUCUACGUUUCAUCCGCUUGCGAAGCAUGAAUAACAAUCACCCCGAACGAAGGUCCAGAGUCACCAAAUCUGUUAUUAUCGUAGUGCUCUCCUUCUUUCUUUGUUGGAUGCCAAAUCAUGCUAUAACUUUAUGGGGAGUACUAGUCAAAUUCAAUCUGGUUCAUUGGGAUAAAGCCUACUAUAUGGUCCACACAUAUAUAUUUCCGGUGACUAUUUGCCUUGCACAUGUCAAUAGUUGUUUAAACCCAGUUUUAUAUUGUCUAAUGAGAAGAGAGUUUCGGAAAAUGCUUAAGGACUUGUUCUGGAGGAUAUCGUCAACUACAGUGUCGAAAAGCAGUCACAUUCGACCAUUUUCCGCCACUCUGAAAGCUGAUAACGACAAUACUCAAGCAAGUAUCCCGCUAAAUGUCAUUGAAACCGAACAGUGCGGGCUAUCUGUGGAGAGCGGCCAGUGCUACGCGCAACGUUGACCUGAUCAGCCACGCGCUUUGAGAUGGAAACUCCGUGUCACGACGGGAUGCCUCUUCGGGUUAAAAAAACCAGCCAAACUUCAAGUUUGUACACCAAUAGCACAGGUUUACUGGAAAUGGUGAAUGGUGAACCACUUGUGCCAAAAUGUAUAAAAGAAAAAGACUUGAGCUUCAGCUUAAAUGUAUUGUAUAGCUUGAUUAUUUAUAAAACCGAAAAUGCAACAGACCCAGCUAU